AUGACGACUAAAAUUUACCACAACGGUGUUAAUCAUGGAUUUCAAGUAGGAGUGAUAAAUGGCAAUAUUCAGAAUUUGACAAUUGGACAAAGAGAAUCAUUGGAUCAAGCAUGUCUUCGGGACCUACGGACGACCAAUCCCUACGAUGAUAAGGAGCGUAUCAAAAGAACCAGCGGUGGGCUGCUCAGAGACUCCUACUACUGGAUUUUUGACAACGAAGCAUUCAGAAAAUGGCAAGAUAACCAAAGCCAUCGUCUUCUCUGGAUUAGGGGUGAUCCCGGUAAAGGCAAAACGAUGCUUCUGUGUGGGAUCAUCGAAGAGUUGACACGAUCACAUCAAGAAAAUGCGACAAUCUGUUUCUUCUUCUGCCAAGCCACCGAUAUGCGCAUAAAUAGCGCCACUUCCGUCUUACGUGGCCUGAUAUAUUCACUUGUCGAGAAACAUCCCUCACUUCUCCGCCACGUGCGAGCUCGAUACGACUCUGCAGGGAAACACCUGUUCGAAGACAUCAAUGCAUGGAGUGCACUUGUGUCCAUUUUCACACAAAUUCUCGAAGACCCGUCUUUGAAAAGUAUCUAUCUUGUGAUUGAUGCUUUGGAUGAAUGUCGAGAUGGCCUUCAAGACCUUCUAGAUCUGAUUGUUGAAAACUCAACAACCUAUCAAGAAACAAGAUGGGCUGUCUCUAGCCGUAACGAGUUCCAGAUUACUGAGUAUCUUAACUCUGCUACCCAGAUGGCUCCGAUCUCAUUAGAGCUGAAUGAGGCAUCUGUGUCCGAAGCUGUUAAAGCAUUCAUCCAAUAUAAGGUGGACUCUUUGGCCAAGGAGAAAAGAUAUCAUGAUAAAAUCACGGCAACUGUCAAACACCACUCAUUAGCCAACUCACAAGGUACUUUCUUAUGGGUUGCCUUGGUCUGGAAGAAUCUUGAUCAAACACCACAAAGGCAUGUAAUGAGGAAGCUAGAAAUAUUUCCGCCUGGACUCGAUGCUCUUUACCGCCGAAUGAUGGAUCAGGUUCGCGACUCAGAGGACGCAGAGCUCUGUACACAAAUACUGGGAACUGUAACAGCAGUUUUUCGCCCAGUCACGCUUAGCGAGCUAAGCUCCCUUCUUGCAGAGCGAAAUGAUGGCUUUAAUGAUCUUAAUACCCUCUUUGAGAUUAUCUGCAUCUGUGGGUCAUUCCUAACAUUACGAGAAAGCACUGUCACGUUUGUUCAUCAGUCUGCAAAAGGCUUCCUGAAUAGGGAGGUAUUCACUGAGAUAUUCCCUAAGGGCUUAGAUAGUGAACACCACACAAUCUUCUCCCAGUGUCUAAAUGUUCUUUCCAAGACACUCAGACGGGACAUCUUUGGUCUUAAGCUAGCAGGUACAUCCACAAAGGAUAUCAGGGUGCCUAGCCCAAAUCCACUAGCACCUGCUGAGUACGCAUGUGUCUACUGGGAUAAGGAGAUUGUGGAAUCAUUUCUACAGAGAAAAUACCUUCACUGGCUUGAGGCUUUAAGUAUAUUAGGAAGACUUUCAGAUGGCAUAUACGCUAUGAAAAGGCUAGAACGUUUUAUUCUAGAGGAAACUGGAUCAGAAGGCCUCUUGGAGCGAGCUCAAGACGUCAUUAGAUUUGUUCAAUAUCAUAGAAUAGGGAUUGAGGGCAGCCCGCUACAGGUGUAUUGCUCACCCCUUGUCUUUUGUCCGUCAAAAGGCCUUACUCAAAUAGCUUUCCAAGAAGAUAAACCCGAUUGGGUUUUGAACUACCCUAGAGUGGAGGAAGACUGGAGUGCUUGUCUUCAAACUCUCGAAAGUCAUAGUGAUGAAGUCCGGUUCAUUGCCUGGUCGCCAGAUGGAAGCCGACUUGCAUCAGGGUCUCAUGAUAACACAGUUCGGAUCUGGGAUCCAGCCACCGGCCAGAGCAUGUCUACUCUUGAAGGGCAUAGGUCCUAUGAUCACACAGUUCGCAUCUGGGAUCCAGUCACCGGCCAGAGCGUGUCAACCUUCCCUACUGGCCUUACUAGGUUCGUCGAAUUUGAUAUCGCCGAUUCAAAUUGUCUGCACACUGAUGCUGGUAUGUUUUGCAUAAGCUCAGUGGACGCUGUGACUCCUGUGCUUAACACUUUUACCCACCCUCCUAAGCAGGUCAGAUAUGGACUUCGCGAUGACCGUUCCUGGAUAACCUAUGGUGGACUCAACCUCUUAUGGUUACCCUCAGAAUACCGGCCCCUUCGUGUCUCUCUAUUUGCUACACAUGAAAACAAAAUGGCUUUUCCAUUCCAGGCGGUGUCCAUCCGUUUACCCCGCGUUGAGAGCAUUACUCAAGUGCUUGGUUUCCUAGCAUUGUUCAUUACUGCAGAACAUAUACAAUGGAAGCAGUCGGAACCGCAGCUUCUAUCAUACAGCUCGCUAGUCCUCUACGAUGAAGUUUCAUCAGGCAACCAACAGGUGAAAGAGCUAUCUUUCUUCGUCAGAUCCACUUCGAUCGCACUCGAAGAAGUCGGAAAGGUAUUUGAAGAGGAAAGCAGAACGACGACUUCUUUGGUUUCUGAGAAUUUAAUCGCAAACGCCAACGAUGUUAUCUUCACAUGUACCGAGAUCUUCAACAAGCUCGGGGAAAUGGCGCAAAACGGGCAAAAAAACACACUAAACCAAUUGACCUUUUCUAUCAAGAGUUCACGUCUUCGAGUGCUACAAAACAGACUGGAGCAAUCUAAACUUGACUUACAGCUCAUGAUGCAAGUUAUCAUUUAUGCUCGAUUAAAAGCUGGGCCGAGAUGUACUUUCCAUGAGCCGGGUCAACGGCGAAUUAUUAAGCAGUUGAUCAACGAACAUGUUGCAGUUUACAAAAGAGAUGAUCUCCACGGAGACCGCCUGACAGACUCAGUUUCCGAACACAAGCCUCACUGCUCAUCAUCGUCUUUAAACUUUGCGUUGCGAAAUGCAAAUGACGGCCCUGAAAGUCCCUACAGAAAUGAUACUGCCCCCUCUCAUUCAGAGGAGCCACAAUCCCACAAGAAUAGACCUUCAAAAAUGAGCGGCUCUGAUCAAUCCGAAGACCAAUCGUGCUCUGAAACGGACCGAUCACCUAACCCUAGAGUGGCCAACAUUUCUUAUUGGUCAGCGUUAUACCUGGUUUGUUGCCCUUGCCUCCGCCGAGAGAAGGCAAUUCGGAUGGAGGCAAAGCAAAAUAGCAUCUCGCGAGCAAAUCAGCCCAUGAGCUUGUGUGCUACCCAAGAUCUCGGUCUAGGCUCAAGGCAGUCAAUAUAUUCGUUGGGAGAAGCGGGAAUUUCCAUUGAUUCGGUAGAUGAGGAAACAGCCGACUCGGAGCUGGAUAGGUUACUUCGUCACUGGACAACGAUAUACGACUCACCUUCGGUUGCCAUCCAAUAG